GACUUUGAGAAGAUGGAGAACCAGAGAGGAGCCCCCUUGGGAUAUGUCCACUGGGAAGAAGAACGAGAGGAUCAGGAGAAUGGGGUGGCUCCUGGUGCUGCUCCUUCCAGCCAAAUGAGUGAACUGGAAGAUGUGCAGGUGGAAAUGUUUGAGAAGGCAAGGGAGCUCUUCCAACUGUGUGACAAGGACAAGAAGGGUUUUAUCACCAAGGUGGACAUGCAGCGGCUCCAAACUGAACUCCCCCUAACCCUUGAACAGCUGGAGACUGUUUUUGACAGCUUGGAACAGAACAAUAAUGGGUACCUGACGCCUGUGGAGUUCAGCAUGGGACUAGGAAAGUUAAUAGGGAUUGAAUUGUGUCAAGAGGCUGGGAGAAUGGAUCGCUCUGGACAUGAGGAGACCUUUGAGUCAGGCUGGUCAGAUGACUUGGACCUGGCAGAUGAUGAUGAAGAGAAACGAUUCUGUUCCAUGAUGGAGCAGCUCGGAGCAGCCCAGGUGUUUGAAGAUCCGCGGGAGAUUCGGGAGCUCUGGGCUCGGCUACGAAAGGACCGUCCAGAGCUCUUAUCCAAUUUUGAAGAGUUUCUGUUGCGUGUUUCUUCAUACAUAAGGGAGGUGAAUCAUGAGAAGGAGUCUAUGGAGCAAGCAUUGAAGCGGAAGGAGACAGACCAUGACCGAGAAGUCAGGUGCCUUUAUGAAGAAAUGGAGCAACAGAUCAAAGCAGAAAGGGAGAGGCUGAUCUGCCAGGACGCACUGAGACAUGACAGGAGUAACCUGCUCCAGAAGGAACUGCGCAGCAAAGAGCAGGAGCUGGAGAAAAUCCUAUACCGUCAGAAGAAGCUGGAACAUCAGCUACAGUCUCUGAACUCAGAGCAGCUGGAGACUCGGGUGCAGAACGAAAACCUCCGUCACCUGAAUGAAAACCUUCUGGAAGAGUUGGAGAAAAGCAAGUGGGAGCUGGAGGCAGUGAAAGGACAACUACAGAAGCUCCAGAAAGAGGCCCAGCUUGAGCAAGAGCAGAAGGACAGGGAUGUGUUCAGAGUCUCCAAGAACAUGCAGAAAGAGAAACAAAGCCUCCUUCGGCAGCUGGAGCUCCUCAGAGAUAUGAACAAGAAACUUCGAGAUGAGCGAGACGCUUUUGAAGCCAAGAAGCUGGCACCUCAGAGCAAAAAGCUCCUGGUGAAGAAAGAGUCAGUGCUAGGCAGUUACCUGCUGGAUGACAAGCCGGUCAAACGACAACUGGCCUCUGCGGACCUUCCCUUCACCUUCCCAGUGGAUGUGGCAGCGGAAGAACCCAACAGAAAGAACUGUAAAUACUUCCCAGGCAGCGGGACGUGGCUGAAGGCAGAAGGAGGCAGCGCAGACUUCGGAGAGAAGAGCAGAGACAGGGAGAGACGGUCAUUGGCAGCGGAUGCUGAGUGGUUGAAGAUGAUUUUGAAGGGUGAUGCUGACUGUAGAAAAAAUGCAGAUGGAUUAGAUGAUGCUCCGUUGCCUCCCAGAGGACAGCCUGUUGGCACUGAAACCAGGCUCCAGGCACUGGAACCAGCCAGCUCUUCCCCAGACCGCUUCUUUAAAGUGGUGUUUGUAGGGAACUCCGGCGUUGGGAAGAGUUCCUUCAUCCACCGCUUCUGCUAUGACAGGUUCUUGGCUGAGCUCAAUGCAACCAUCGGCAUCGAUUACCGGGUGAAGAGUCUGAUGGUGGAUAAUACCCAGGUUGCCUUACAGCUGUGGGACACAGCUGGACAAGAAAGGUUCCGGAGCAUUACCAAGCAGUAUUUCCGGAAGGCGGAUGGGAUUCUGGUGAUGUACGACGUUACAGCCGAGUGCUCCUUCAUGGCGGUACGGAACUGGAUGAGCAGUGUCCAGGAAGGCAUAGAGGAUGGAGCUGUGGUCUUUCUGCUUGGAAAUAAAAUGGAUGCUGCGCAGAGACAGAUACGGAAUGUGCCCAGGGUGGAGGGGGAAAGGCUGGCGAAGGAAUACAAGGCUGUCUUCUAUGAGUGCAGCGCGAUGACUGGCUAUAACAUCAUGGAGCCCAUGCUGCACAUGGCCAGGUUGCUGACAGCCCAAGAAGACAGGCAGAGGGAAAAAGCCCUGCAGCUGGAAGAUGUCAUCAGGAGGAAAGGGUGCUGCACAUAG